GUCGAAGCCAAAAGCGCGAGAUCUCUCCCUCUCCCUCUCCCUCUCCCGUCUUGAAUCCUCGAAGGGCCUUAAAAUCGGCGUUCAUUCGGAUGAAUUAACUCCGAUUCCUCGCGGCGCUCUAAGAGCCUCGAGAUUUGGCGGGUGGAGCUCUGGGUGUAAGCUCGGGCCACCGGGAGCCGUCCAGCGGCGGGUUCUUGGAGGAAUGCCUGGGUUCCGGUGAGAAAUUUCUAGAAGGAGAGGAAGCCGUCCAACACUUGAAAUUCCCAUUCAUUUUCUUUGGUUCCAUUUCAGAAAACCAGAAUUUGCAUUCAUUUUUGUUUUUCCAAUUCUGAAAACUGGCAUGGAUUGCCUCAACUGCAGAUGCUUCUCUAUUGCAUCGGUUCCCUUUCUUUUCAUCCUACUGUGCUUUCCCUCUGCAGCAACUGGUGACCUAAAAUCUGAUAAGCAACUUCUCCUUGCAUUUGUUGAUGCGGUCCACCAUGGCCGCAAGCUCAACUGGAAUUCCAACACCUCAGUCUGCUCCUUCUGGGUUGGAGUGACAUGUACAACCGACCAAACUCGUGUCCUUGCCCUCAGGCUACCAGGGGUUGGGCUCUCUGGUCCGAUCCCUGCAAAUACACUUGGCAAGCUUGAUGCCCUCCGAGUCUUGAGCCUCCGAUCUAACCAUCUCAAUGGAAAUCUCCCAUCUGAUGUCAUCUCACUUCCUUCCCUGCAAUAUAUUUACCUUCAGCACAAUAAUUUGUCUGGAUAUAUACCAGCCUCACUUUCUGUUAACCUUAUUUCCCUUGAUCUCUCUUAUAACUCCUUUACAGGAGAAAUUCCCCUGGGAAUUCGAAACCUGUCUCAACUCUCUUUGUUGAAUCUACAAAACAAUUCUCUCUCUGGACCAGUUCCUGACCUCAAACUCCCAAGGCUAAAACAUAUGAAUAUGAGCUACAACCAUCUAAAUGGCUCCAUACCAUUUUCCCUCCAAAAGUUUCCAAAUGACUCAUUCCUGGGAAACCCUCAAUUAUGUGGCCCACCUCUACCUCAGUGCUCUGCAGUUCUUCCUUCACCUUCACCAUUUUCUCCCCAGUUGUCACCCCCACCAGCAUUCCCCCAAAAUCAUAAGAAAAAAUCUGGGAAAAAAAUUAGUACAGGAUUUAUAAUUGCAAUUGUUGCUGGGGUAUUGGCCUUGCUGCUGCUACUUGCAAUGGUUCUAAUUAUAUGCAUUUCGAGGAGGAAAGAUAGAGAAAGUAGUGGAGCAUUGAAAGAGAAGGGCUCCACUGUUGAAAAGCCUAAAGAGCAGUACAGUAGUGGAGUUCAAAUGGCUGAGAAGAAUAAGUUGGUUUUCUUUGAGGGUUGUGCUUAUAACUUUGACUUGGAGGAUCUGCUGAGAGCUUCUGCUGAAGUCCUUGGGAAGGGGAGUUAUGGAACAGCUUAUAAGGCUGUUCUUGAGGAUGGCACAGCAGUGGUGGUGAAAAGGUUGAAGGAGGCGGUGGCGGGGAAGAGAGACUUUGAACAGCAGAUGGAGAUAAUGGAAAGGAUUGGGCAACACCCUAAUCUCGUUCCACUUCGUGCUUAUUACUACUCCAAAGAUGAAAAGCUUCUAGUCUAUGAUUAUAUUCCUACUGGCAGCUUCUCUACCGUCUUGCAUGGAAACAGAGGCACUGAAAGGACUCCACUGGACUGGGACUCCAGAGUGAAAAUCAUACUUGGAACAGCACAUGGCAUUGCACACAUCCAUUCCAAAGGUGGCCCAAAGUUUGUCCAUGGCAACAUCAAAUCCUCCAACAUCCUCCUCAAUCAAGACCGUAACCCCUUUGUCUCUGAUUAUGGCCUCUCUCCUCUUAUGAACCCUCCUGCCAACCUCUCCCGGGUCGUGGUGGGCUACCGUGCACCUGAAACCAUGGAGACCCGAAAGAUCACUCAGAAAUCUGAUGUCUACAGCUUCGGGGUCCUUCUCCUUGAGAUGCUCACUGGAAAAGCUCCACUUCAGUGCCAGGGGCAUGACGAUGUUGCUGAUCUGCCAAGAUGGGUCCAAUCCGUGGUCCGAGAGGAGUGGACUGCUGAAGUUUUUGAUGUGGAGCUGAUGAGGUAUCAGAACAUCGAGGAACAGUUGGUUCAGAUGCUUCAGAUUGCGAUGAGUUGUGUAGCGAGAACUCCAGAACAACGACCAGGAAUGGAGGAGGUGAUAAGGAUGAUUGAGGAGAUUCAGCAGUCUACCUCAAAGAGCGGGCCAUUCUUAGAGGGCAUGACCGAGGACUCCACCGUGCAAACAUCGUGAGGGGUGAGUAAGAUGGCAUUGCUUCUGGAUAUCAUUUUUAGAUAACUGACUUGAAUCAGUCAGAGAGUUAUGCAAGGAUGCUUAAGUUUAUGCAUGCUGGGCUUUUCACAAAGAGUGCGCAGAGCCUUUAACGUGUUUCAUUUGGCAUCAGGCUCAGUAGUUGUGUGACGACUUUUAAUUCUUACAUAAUUCGAUUGGUAGUUUUUAUUUCUUGUAUCCAAGGAUGACGUUUCUGGUAGUUUUAUCAAGAGACAGGAGUGCAUGGAUAACAUUUAGAUGACAGCUGCUUUCAGAAAUGUCUGCGGUAUCAAACAAUUUGGGCAGGUUUAA